AUGAUGCAGAGGUGCCGGCAACCUCUCCUGCUGCUGUGUGUGACUGCAGUGCUGGUCUUCAAUAUCCUGGGAAAAGUUGCUCAGGCUGCGGGAGAGGAUGCUCCGGAUGUGAAGAACUUGACCAGCACGGCUCUGCAGGUCAUUCCCAGUAAUGACAACAAGUCCAACGUUACUAAACUGCUGGUCCAGGGGAACCAGAUCACUCUAAAUGAGACGGACCAACAAGCCCUGGCCUCUUAUUCCACACUGGCAGAACUCCACUUGGAUGGUAACCUGGUGACUGCUGUACCAGCCAAGUACUUCUCUGGGGUUCCACGUCUCAGAGUGCUAUCUCUGUCCAGGAACAAUAUCACAUGCCUGGAUCCUGAGGCUUUCUUUGGCCUGGAUGUCCUGACAGAGCUGGACCUGUCCAACAAUCGGCUGACUAGCCUCCCCACACAACUACUCAGAGGGAUGAACAACCUUCAGAAGCUGAACCUACAGGGAAACCCUUGGAAUUGUUCCUGUCCACCGAUGAGUAUCAUUGGCGAGAUCACAGCAGCAAACAUUACCAUUGGGCCACCUGGAGUCACCUGUGCUUCUCCAGAUAAACAGGCUGGAAAAUAUAUUUUAGCGGUUGCAGCUGUGUGUGACCCAUCAUCAUCACUCGCAACUACUACUGACCAACAAAAACCAACAACACCGGUCACCUCUCACCAGUCCCAGGCUUCAACCACUACACCGACGACAACACUGUCAUCCAGCCAGAACCACAGCACAAACAAUGACCAGACUCCGGUGCUCGGCAACGCAUGGAAGUUCACAGCAUGUGUCGUAGCCCUGGCGCUAACCACCUCCAUGCUCAUUGUGUGUGCUAUCAAGGGGCCGUCCUGGUACAAGCUCUUCCACAACUACCGUCAUCGGCGGCUAGACCCACAGGAGGAUGACGACGACAACUUUGUGUCAGCGGACUUCUCGGAGAUGGGAAGAUACCGCAACAAUCAGACCUUCAUCUUUGAUAGGCAGAACGGGCGAGGACAGGAGGAUGAGGACGAGGAUGGGUAUUUCGAGGAUCCAUACAUCAAGAGGGAAGAGUGA